AUGCAUCAUUUGAUGAUCUUACGUUCCAAUGUGAAUCAAUCACCCUUGCUGAGAUUUCCAGGCUCAUCUGAAAGCGUGAUCGUCCUAGAUUCUGAUCCGCGGCCUCCCCUUCGUCAUACAAUUCAAGUCGAUACCGCAGAUCCAACCAAGUCACUCGAGGACGGCAGACCGACAAAGCGCCAACGCUUGCAUGAAGCACCUUCAGACGCUCCCGAAGCCACGGCAAGCACUUCGACAAAUGUGAAUCCACCUACUCCGGGAGGUCCCCCAAAAGAUAUAGUGGAUGAAAGUAUUGCAGCUUUAUUAAAUGCGCCCGUCAAUCCGGAUGAAUUUUGGAGCAUCUUUUCAGACAUUCCUGAAGCCAGUACUUCAGUUCCAGAUCACUCACGAGUCAAAGAGCCUCGACCCCCAGAAAAUUCGAAAAACGGUGAUGCAACCCGACCCAUUGCCAAUGCUCCGAAGCCUGACAUCGAUCUGUCAGACCAGCAUGGAGCUAGAAAAAAGAACCCCAUAGAAGUAAUCGCCCCUACUAGACCGCCUCAACUGGCUGUUAGUGAAGGCGCCCCAUACCCUCAAAGUACCAAAGGUAUUGGGCCUAUUCCAAGCUACUUCUAUGCUGACGUGAUCCCAUUCUACAAGUCAUCUCAAACCAAGAUUUCGAAAAUUUACAAUGGCAUAGUUUCUCAUGUGCCUAAAACUCGUUGGAAUGAUUUUGAGUUUUGCGAGGGGACAAAACUUAGGGAUAAAUGGUUUGAAUAUGUCCCAGCAGAUAUGAUAUUUUCCACUUCGCCUACUUCGAACACCAAACUUGAGAGAAUGGUAUGGAUCUUAGACCUAAGUGGAACGCACGACUUACUAGUAUGGCCCUAG